CCCGCGCAUUAUUUUACGUUACCAGGUUUCACGUGGGAUGCAAUGCUGAAGCAUACACUUAUAAAGUUUGAACUUCUCACGGAUAUUGAUAUGGUCAUGUUCAUCGAGCGCGGUAUACGUGGCGGCCUUAGCCAAUGUUCCGGCAGAUACGCGCGGGCCAACAACAAAUACAUGUCAUCGCACGACCCAUCGAAACCAUCGUCGUAUCUCAUGUACUACGAUGUAAAUAAUCUGUACGGUUGGGCAAUGUGUCAACCAUUGCCCUAUGCAGAUUUUCGAUGGGUCAGCGACAUAACAAAUUUUAAUGUUAUGAAUAUCGCGUUGGAUUCGCCAAUAGGCUAUAUUCUCGAGGUUGAUCUAGAGUAUCCGCAACAUUUACAUGACGCGCACGCCGACUUACCAUUCUGUCCAACGCGUGAUAAGCCACCCGGUAAGAAGCAAGAAAAGCUCCUCGCGACUUUGCACAACAAGAA